AUGGCUAUAGAAAUUGCCUUUUCAAGAGUGGAUACGUCACGUGCCCGCAAUAAUGCUCUGAUUUCGGGUCGCGUCCCGUUAACGAAUGCAGUGAGCGCCCCCGUUUUAUGUGACGCGGCUACUGCUGCGGCCGCGGCUGGCUCUAGACCUAAGAAAUGCUAUAAGGAAGGCUCUAUUCUGGAAGAUUUCAUAAAAGGUAAAACUAUCACCCCACCCAAUAAAGGAAAUGCUACCGAUCGCUCAAACUACAGAACCAUCGCUAUCUUAUCUAACUCGUCAAAGAUAAUUCUGAACAUUAUAAAGAACAGAUUGAAACAUAUAGUGGAAGAAAGACUUGACAAUGACCGGUUUGAUUUUAAAAAGGGUAAAGGAAUGCGAAAACCUAUCAUAGCUCUGAGACAGCUGCUGGAAAGGAGAAUUAAUGUGAACAGAGCAACGUUUAUAGCAUUCGUAGACCUGGAAAAAGCGUUCGACAAGGUAGAUUGA